UGAUUGGUCUCUGGGAAGGGUGGGUUGCCCAUCUGGUGCUCCUCUGAUUGCUCUCUGGUCGGGAUAGGAGGGGAGUGGGAUGUUAUCAUUUCUGGCUCUUCUGAUUGGACCCCGCGUAAGGGGCGGGACCAUCGCAGGUCUCCUCCCUCCCAGUCAAGGCUCGGGGCGUGGCGGCGGCCCCCCAUUGGCCGGUGGGCGGAGCUGGCCGCCGCCGGGGCCCAAUGGGCGGCGGGGUGCGUUGGUCCGCUCGGCCCCCGAAGAGCUGAUAAGUAGCAGCGCGAGGGGGGGGUUCGCUGGUUACUGUUGGGGCUCGCGGGAGGAGACGGGCGAGGCUGGGUCCGAGCUGGGGAUGGCGGGGGCUGCUGGGGCCUCCUGCUGCCGCGGCGGAGUGGGGGGGCUGCAGCCGCUGAGGGCCACCAUCCCUUUCCAGCUGCAGCAGCGGCGCGGGGCAGGCGGAGACGGCGGCCGGGCAGCUAGUGUUCCAUGUGCUACUGCUGUUGAAAAGACAUGCCGGACCAGAGCGCCCAGAGUGAGGCGCACCUCUUCGCUAGAUACCAUCCUUGGAUCGUACCUCCUAGGACAGUGGCCACGGGAUGCUGAUGGAGCUUUUGCUUCAUGCAUGAAUGACAAAGCUACCCAGACUCCAACAUCCUGGCACGAAGUGGAAGUCGGGAAGGCCAGUGCCAGUACUCAUAAGCGUUCUGCAUCUUGGGGUAGCAUGGAUCACCGCAGAGAGAUUGCUAAACUGAAGCAGCAGCUCCAGCGAACUAAGCUAAGUGGCAAGGAGAAGGACCGGAGCUCCCCACUCCAGGGGGAUCACGCUGUCCUUGGAUCAGUCAGGGACUCCCCUCCUGGACUCCCUCCUGCAUCUCCUGUUUUGAGGCUCAGCCCCUGCUUACAUAGGAGCCUGGAAGGACUAAACCAGGAGCUGGAGGAGGUUUUUGUGAAGGAACAAGGAGAUGAGGAGCUUCUCAGGAUUCUGGAUGUUCCAGAUGGCCACAGGGCACCAGCCCCUCCCCAGAGAGGCUCUGAGGAUCUUUCGCUGCUGACUCUGGAACCCAGCAGUAGCAGCUGCAGCAGCCUUUCUCUUUCCCCAUCCCCUUCUGUGCCUCUCCGAUCUUCUCCGCACACCCCUGCGAGAGCAGCUACGGAGGAGCUUUCUUCAACCCUGGAAGAGCCACUGCCGGACCCCAAGGAGAAAGAGGAUGGUAGCCCCUCUCCAGUCCUGGCCUUUGCCUCGUCUCCGCGACCUAACCACAGCUACAUGUUUAAACGGGAGCCUCCCGAGGGAUGUGAAAAAGUCCGGGCCUUUGAAGAGGCUUCAUCCCCCAGCCCUGAUCAGAAUUUUCUGCCCUCCUGUCCCGAUAAGAACAAAGUCCACUUCAACCCAACUGGCUCUGCCUUUUGUCCGGUCAGUCUGGUAAAGCCUCUCUUUCCAAAUAUGGGUUUCCUGUUCAGAAGCUUCCCUACUACCCCCAGCCCCGUGCCAUCAGGCACGUUCACCUCCUGCCAGUCCACUGCCCCAGGCCCGUUCCUUGGGUCGCGGAAAGACUCCGCAGCAGAUGGCUUUAGCGAGGUCUCUAAAUCACCUCCACUGAACUUUGAACACUGGAAGCGCACCCAGACAGAAGAGAGUGUCCUCUUUCAUAGCUCUCUUGUGGUCUAAGGCCUUUGGGAGACCUGGCACAGCAAAGCAUCUGUGGUUCUUCGGUGCAUCUUAAACAGCCUGUGGUGCCUUGAAGUUGGGACUUGAGGGUUAGAUGGGCAGCCCUGGGACUGAAAACCACAGCAAGUUUCCUCCAGAGCGAUGGUGAAAACUGUUAAGUACAAUGUGCCACAGGACUCUUUGCUGCUGGAGUGGUUCCUUUCUUCGAGCCCCCCCAGUACUUAAAGCACUUUCCUCUCCUGUGUUGAAAUGUCAUUUUUUUUCCUGUAUGAUUGUUUUGCUGUCAAAGAGCAGCUGGGACUCUGCUGCUGGCAAGCAGCACGGAAAUGCAAGCUACCUGGCUCCUUAAAUGAAAUUCCUUGCUGCAGGUAUUCAGAGGACAUGGGAGAUUCCUAGCACUUCUCAUCCCCACAGUUGUCAUAUGGACUUCCUGCACCCAGGGGGAGGGAGGCCAGUAGCUUGGCUGCCUCCUGGAGAAGCUGGUAGAACCUGGCUUAGCUGAUUCCAGCUACCUGAAUGUAUUGGGCAGAAUUUGACAAUGCAUCUGCUCUCUAUCAAAGGCAGCUUGAGCCACUUAAAGCACCCAAAAUAUAAAAGAGAGAGACGUGAGGGGCUUGGAAGUGAACUGUAGACAGCUCCACUACUGGAUAGCUGAACCCUUUGAAAUAGCCACCUAGAGCUUUCAGGAGCCUCUUGGAAUGCCUUGCUGUACAAAGAUAGAGAAUGCAGAUCAGAUACCUGCCAGUGCACCUUUGAGAACCUCUGUUUGCAGAGGACCUGUACUCUGGGAAGCUUCUUACACGACGGAGGAUGAAUAAGUAGAGAUGUGGAACUGUCUGCAUGGCUUGGUAGGUAGCGGAGGGCCUCUCAGACCCCCACAGCCUUUUGCCAGGGGAAGGAGAUGGAAAUCUAAGUCCAAGCAGCAUACAAAAGGUUUCCAUGGACUUGUGGAAGGUUGCUGCUAGUAGAGAUGUUACAUGCUGCUUUCCAACCAAAUGCCGUGGACAUCCUGACUGGUUCUGGUAUUGUUUGCCUGUGCAGAGGUGGAGUUGGGGAUCAGAACCAUUUUGUCUCACUGCAGAAAAACUUUAUGCACAGACAUAAGAUCAUCCUAACUGGGCUGGAGUCUGAGAUCCUGCUAGACCCAGAGAUGCUUAUCCCAGCACAAAGCCUUAUAAGGUGAAACUAUAACAUGAGGAAUUCUGAUUGUAAUGCCUCUUGAAAAUGAAAGUAUUUGAUUUGUGUUCUGUUGCUAAGGCUCUGGGUUGUAUUGAACCCUAUUUUCUUGUAUCUGAUGUAGAAACUCUAUUUUCUUCCAAAGACACUAUUUUUGCAGCUGUUUGAAGUUUGUAUUUUAUGUAUGUAUUGCAAAGCUUAAAGGAGGAAUGUUAGCCUUGGA